CCCAAAUCGUUUUUCGUGCAGUUAUGACCGAUCGUGUGUUGUCGAACCAUCUCGGCGGUCAGUCCUGAAUUGAGAAACCACGUGGAAAAAAAAGGGAAAUGAGUUUCGAAAACAAAGAUUCGACAUCCGAUGGGAGAAAAUUCUGGAACGGACUAAAAAAGUUCUCAAGUUUGUUCAAGAGGCACUCCUCUACUAAUGACAAAGGUGGAAAGAAAAUGUCCCGAAUCCAUUCAGCAAGGAACUGUAUCAUUCACGAAACGAUCGAAGAAAUGGAAAUGGAAAAUCUUGAGAGUAGUUCUCUUCCCAACACGGAGGAACUGGAUUCAUGUUUAGAUGUGGUGGCAUAUUUGGAUAAACAAGUAUCUGUCGAUGAAUGUAACGUUUUUAAAAAAAGCACAACAUCGCUUGACUCGCUUUUUCCCUCAAAAUACUUUCAAAAUUUGAAUCCACUAAUGUCUCCUGUAACUCAAAAAAAAUUUAUUGCUCGCGCAAAGAUUGAUAAACUGAAAAACAGCAUUCAGAGGGGCUGGGAAAUUAAUAGUUAUUUGGACGCGGCUAUAGCCAAUUUUGACAAAGAAAAACCUGGAGCGAAGAAGGUGCGAUUUUCAAACCCUCCAGUAUCAGAAAUUUUCGAUGGCGAAGAGGAUCCGGGGACAGAAAUCAGUCUGAGUGAACGUAUUCAAAUUUUCAUGGGCGAAGUCGAUCAAGAACUUGGAGUGAAAAAACAAAGCCAAUGGAAAUGUUGAACAACUUGUUGUUGGUCAGGUUCAGGAGGAAAUGGAAAACCUGAUAAUGGAUGUGAAAGCCGGUGAAGAUAGAGAACAUUUCCAGGAUCAAAGGAUCAAAUCACUUUUGCAGAAGAAAUUCAAAUGGCUUCAUUCUCCAGAAAAUCAACAACUGCUCACUGACAAGAUGCAGGCAAGUUGCAGGUAAUUUUACUGUUAGUCUUUUCCAACUUUGUUAGAUUACUUUUAAGAUUUCGUUUCCUUUUGUGCUGCCAAAGACGACUCUGCAUCAAAAAUUAGACAAUAAUUUUCUAGUGAUUUCGUCUAACUUUUUUUUAAUCUUAUAUUUAACCUCUUCGUUUUUCAGUUUUAUAUUUUCCCAGUGAUUAGGGUUUACUGUAAGGAUCGAUCACUGGGGGCAGAUAAUUGUACUGACCCUCACUGAUAAAUUUCUUUAAGAAUAUUGAUGUAAGUUUUUUUUUGGCUGCGGGAUCAAAAAAUUUGAAGACACGUAUUUUUUCGAUUUGGGAAGAAGAAAUUUUGCAAAAAGC